CCCGUGCUCGGCCCCCGCGUCCGGCCCGGCCAUGGCUGUCCGCGCCAGCUUCGAGAACAACAACGAGCUGGGCUGCUUCGCCAAGCUGACCAACGCCUACUGCCUGGUGGCCAUCGGCGGCUCCGAGAACUUCUACAGCGUCUUCGAGGGUGAGCUCUUCGGGACCAUCCCGGUGGUGCACGCCUCCAUCGCCGGCUGCCGCAUCAUCGGCAGAAUGUGUGUGGGGAACAGGCACGGCCUGCUGGUGCCCAGCAGCACCACAGACCAGGAGCUGCAGCACAUCCGCAACAGCCUCCCCGACUCGGUGCGGAUCCAGCGGGUGGAGGAGCGGCUCUCGGCCCUGGGCAACGUCACCGCCUGCAACGACUACGUCGCGCUGGUGCACCCCGACCUGGACAGGGAGACAGAAGAGAUCUUGGCAGAUGUGCUGAAGGUGGAGGUUUUCAGACAAACAGUGGCAGACCAGGUGCUGGUGGGAAGUUACUGUGUUUUCAGCAACCAGGGAGGAAUUGUGCACCCCAAGACUUCCAUUGAUGACCAGGAUGAGCUGUCCUCGCUGCUCCAGGUCCCACUUGUGGCCGGGACGGUGAACCGCGGCAGCGAGGUGGUGGCGGCAGGGAUGGUGGUGAACGACUGGAGCGCCUUCUGCGGCCUGGACACCACCAGCACCGAGCUGUCCCUCAUCGAGAGCAUCUUCCGCCUCAACGAGGCCCAGCCCAGCGCCAUCGCCACACACAUGAGGGACUCCCUGAUCGACAGCCUGACCUGAGCAGUGCUGCUUCCUGCUUUCCACGAGGAGUGGAGUUUCAGCUGCACUUUGGACUACAGACAUCAAAAUCUCCUGAUGCUGCUUCUGCAGCCCCAGGCCUGAGGAAGAGGCUCCAGACCCAGACCCAACUUCCUGUAGUGUUCUGCAAACUGUUCCUACAAACCCUGGCAAAUAAUACCCCUUAGUUACCAAUAAGGAAUGCUCUCCCUCUCUCUCCUUCCCUCUGACACUUCCUGGCUCUGCACUUCAAAGGCUUUCUCCCAUUUGCUGAUGCUGACUCAGCCCCUCAGCCUGCUCACAAUAUUUAUUCUGGGGGCUCUUGGAAAUUGUUUACUGGAGAGGACUUUGCCUUAAAUCAUGUCUGAGUGCUGUGCUCCAGCACACACACACACACAGAGCACUGCCCUUGCUCUCCACCCUCCUGCUGAGGGGCCUUGUUCCUGCUGGAGGCAGGCAGGAGCCCCUUGCACCUGCAGCACCAAAACUUAAGGGUAGUUUUAUUUGCCACAAAGCAAUUCAGAAGCCAGCAGCUGCUCUCCUGGCUUGCAGCUCUUCCCUCAGGGUGAGUCUGAAGUGCUGAGCUCUUGAUUCCAGCUGGGGCAAAUCAAAGUCAGGCCAGGGGCUUUUUACAGCUGCAGUGUUGUGCUCCUGCCUCUGGCACAGAGGCCUGCAGUGCCUCCUGGCCUGUGUCCUGCUCCUGAGGUACCUGCAGGGCAGAGCUCAGAAGAGCAGCAUGCUGGUGCCAGGGGCUGAAGUGUGUUCCACAGAAGCUGGCCACCCAUGCUGGGACACUUAGCAAACCAGGAGAGAUUCAAACCACUUCAUCCUGAGUUACCCCAGAAGCCAAGGCCAAGGGACAGGGUUCUGACCAGGGGGGUGGAGAUGUGCAGGCUGCCAGGUGAGAGCUCUGCCCUUGGCAGGGAGUGAUGGUGACUCAGAGGAGCUGUGGGUGCUGCUUCCAGGCAGGAGGGCAUUUGCUCACUCAGCCCUCACUUCAGUUGCUUUGCUGCUGGCCUGUUCC